AUGGGCCAGCGGUGGAGCAGGGACAGCGACGAUGGCGAGGAACUGACAUCUGGUGUUCGGAUCACCAAGGAGCUCCUCGACCAACUAGAUGGCAAGGUGGUGCCCGUGCAGGCCCCGCCUCGCCCCAGCGCGUCUCUUGCCGUCAGGCCACCUGCCGAGGAUGUCAGGGCAGUGGAGCGGGAGGCCAAGCACGAUCAGCAGCUGGCACAUGCCCUGGAGCGUAGCCGGCGUGUGGGGCGCCUGCUUCUGAAGACGGAAGAGGCUGAGCUGGGGUCCAUCACCCGACUGGCUGACGAGCUCCUUGCCAGCGAGUACAAGUGA